AAAACAAUUAUAAAAAAAAUAUAGUUUAUCUUUGUGUGGUUUGACCGUAUCGUGAAUUUUAUAGAAUCAGUUAAGAAGGAUACGAGCGCAUCAUGGAUCACACAGAAUUUCGCGUAAAAGCAAAAGAAAUGGUGGAUUACAUAGCAGAUUAUCUCGAAAACAUCAGAGAUCAUCGCGUGUAUCCUGGAGUCCAACCAGGAUACCUCCACAAGCGGCUGCCCACUGAAGCGCCGCAACUGCCUGAGAAAUGGGAUGACAUAUUCAAGGAUGUGGAGGAUCAUAUUAUGCCUGGGAUCGUCCACUGGCAGAGUCCCCACAUGCACGCGUACUUCCCAGCGCUUACCUCCUACCCCUCCAUAAUGGGAGAAAUGCUAUCUAGUGCGUUAAAUGUUCUGUGUUUUACUUGGGCGUCAUCUCCAGCUGGGACUGAACUGGAGACCAUAGCUAUGAACUGGCUCGGCAAGCUGCUGGGUCUUCCCGAAUGUUUCCUAAACGAGAAGAACGAUAGUCCUGGAGGUGGAGUAAUUCAAACAACAGCAAGCGAAGCAACAUUGGUAAGUUUGCUGGCUGCAAGAACUCGAGCCCUCAUGGAGUUGGCGAGUCUGAACCCUGACCUGCAAUCAUCGGAGCUGCUGGGACAUUUGAUAUGUUACUGUUCUGACCAAGCCCAUUCUUCAGUUGAAAAGGCUGGUUUAAUUGGUCUGGUAAGGAUGCGCUACAUCGAGUCUGAUGAAAAUCAAUGUAUGCGUGGCGCGAAGCUUGAAGAAGCUAUCCUCAACGAUAAGGCCAAGGGAUUGGUGCCGUUCUGGGUUUGCGCCACUUUAGGCACCACUGGUUCGGUUGCGUUCGACAACCUCCGGGAGAUAGGCGAGGUCUGUGAGAAGCAUUCCGCGUGGUUGCACGUGGAUGCUGCAUACGCUGGCAGCUGUUUCAUCUGCCCGGAAUACAGGCACUGGCUGGACGGAGUGGAUUUGGCAGAUUCGUUUGCAUUCAAUCCUUCGAAAUGGCUCAUGGUGAACUUUGAUUGUACGGCUAUGUGGGUUAGAGACAGCACUGCAUUGCACAGGACGUUCAACGUAAACCCAAUUUAUCUACGACAUGAGAAUUCUGGAAAAGCAAUCGAUUAUAUGCACUGGCAAAUCCCUUUGAGUCGUCGUUUCCGAGCUCUGAAACUUUGGUUUGUGUUAAGAAGCUACGGGGUUGUUGGCUUGCAGAAACAUAUUCGUGAGAGCGUCCGCUUAGCUCAAAAGUUUGAGGCAUUAGUUCUUGCUGAUCAGCGUUUUGAUAUACCACAGCCGAGAAAUUUGGGAAUGGUGGCAUUCCGUCUGAAGGGUGAUAAUACCCUUACUGAACGCCUGCUCAAAAAGCUUAACGGUCGAGGUUACAUUCAUGCAGUACCUGCGUGCUUUAAAGGAGUUUAUGUUAUACGAUUCACUGUCACGUCUCAAAGAACUACCAAUCAAGAUAUCCUUGAUGAUUGGAACGAAAUAAAGAAGGUUGCUUCUGAAAUAUUGGUGGACAUGUUCGGUUCUGAAAAUGGAAAUAUCGUCAUACAUAAAAAGCCAAGGAUCUCAUUGAAGGAAACACGUGAACUAAACGCGACAUUCGGAACGAGCCUCCUUCUCGCCAACAGCCCAAUGAGCCCGAAGAUCGUAAAUGGUACCCAUGUCGCUAUUUGUGAUUACGAGCAAGUGCUCUCAUCUUGUGCGCAAACUUUUGCGCAGUUGAAAAUGGAACCAAAGGACAGCCCUGAAAUGCGUAGACGAGUCCGCGGUAUACGUAUGUGCGGGAAGAAGUUUUCUCUGGAUUCUUAUAUGGACAUGGUGCAGGGGCUCAUGGUGGAGCAGUCGCUUCCUCAGUGCUCGGAAGAGGAGAGGGAUGACGCUUCUAAUGGGUCAAGCCCUGGCGAAAAAUCCUCCGUAUCAACAUCGCCAGCUACAUCUAGUAUGACGAUUAAACACGAUAGCAAUUUUGAUAUGAACCAACUACAAGUACCUGCAACGCCAUCCAGACAAUACAGAUCUAAGUCCAUUGAUGUGUCACUAGCAGACUUGAAGCUAGACGAGGCAACUGUAUCAAUUGAUAUGAAGAAUAAUGAAAUAGUAAUAACUCCAACUGGUUCAAAGAAAAUAGACGAUCAAGUACGUUUUAAUGCUGCUGAAGAGAAAUUGAACAUAGGUGAUAGGAUCAAUCAAGCAUUUGAAAAUUUCCAAAGCAGUUUGCGUGAUAAUCAUAACGAAACUAACGAUAAAAUUGACGAUAAAGGCGACGAAUCUAAUUCUAAGCUUACUAUUAAAGGGCCGGGUAGUUAUAUAAAGAAACUAAUACAACAGUUCAGUGAAGGUCCGUUUGAAUCAGACGAACCGAAGCCUGACGUUGAAAAAGCAGUUUCAACGCAAUCUAUAAAAGACAGGGCUGAUGCGAUUUGCAAGAAAUGCUUUCAUUAUAAAGGUAAAAUGAAUAAUUAGGACAAUAUAUAAUAAUUAUCUUAUAAACGAUAUAAUCAUUGUUGGUUAGGUAGGAAAUUGAAUGUGCUUUGAUAUUAGAAACAUAUAAUCGUAAUAAU